AUGGCUUGUAGCUUACGAACAGAGGACACCAAAUACAUUUCAUGGCUAGACAAGCAAGCUCCAAACUUUGUCAUCUAUGUGCACAUCGGCAGUGUAUCUGUUAUUUGUGCUUCCAUUAAUGAAGGGGAAUUCGUUGAGAUAGCUUGGAGGCUAGCCAACGGUGAGCAGCCUAUCCUGUGGGUGGUUCAGCCAGGUUUACCUCCGGGAACCGAGUGGAUAUCACCUGCGAGGAUUCUGGAGCUAUUGCAGUUGGAACUCAAGGACUUCCCUUUCAACGAAGCACCGUCUUCGAUCCAUUUUCGCUCGACGUUUGGGAACCUUUCGGGAAUCUUAAAAGAAGAAAUAAAGGUCAAAAUCGAAAAUGAUGAAGUUCUUCAGAUUAGCAAAGAGAGGAAUGUGGAGAAGGAAGACAAGAAUGAGAUGUGGCAUCGGGUCGAGCGAAUCAGUAAGAAGUUCAUGAGGAGGGUUUAG